AUGCAGACUGGCGUCGAUGGUUGCUCCCGGGUUCAGGUCCUAGUCCGGAAUGCCGAUGCUUGCGACCCCUGGUUGACAAAACAUCAGCUGUUGCAUGAUUAUCACGGUGCAUACACGACAGCUCGGACUGUUGGCAGACAUGCCAUCUUCGAAUUCUCGAUGCAUAUCCAACGGAUGCUGGACACAGCCACGGACGUCUUCCGUCGCGCAAGCGAGCUGCCAGAGGUGCCCGAGGCUCCUGCGAAGGCGCUGAAAUUCCUCGGGGGCGGCGUGCAGGCCCUACGGCCUGAGCUGGUGCGCGAGUGCCUGGCGGCCCUGAGAUAUCUGGACAGCCAAAGCCAGCAGCCGUUGAUGGAAUACCAGGUCACGAUGCUUCUGACGUGUGACACUGUGGGAGAUCACACGCCUCAAAGAGGUUUUGACGUCUUCACCUUCGUGCAACCGUUACCUUAUGUCGAACCCAUGGUUAGAGUCGCAGCGCAUCCUGCGGAGAGGAGGAAUCCCACCAUCAAGGAUGUGCAGUGGGUGCAGGAUCGCGCGAGCUUGGAGGAGCUUCAGAGGGAAGAGGGCGUGAACGAGGUGCUCAUGUACGACGGCAGCGGCGAGAUCACGGAAGGCUUGCAGACCAACUUCUUUGCUGCGCUGGCCGACGGCAGCCUGCAGACGGCUCCCGAGGAGCGAGUGCUGGCGGGCACCGUGCGCAAGGUGGUGCUGGAGGUGGCGCGCGAGCAGGGCCUCACCAUCAGGUUGGAGUGUCCCCGAGUCGCGGAUGCAGGGCUCUGGGAGAGUUGCUUCAUUUGUUCGACCUCUCGCUUGGUGAAGCCCGUGCGUGAGCUCGUGGCAUCAGACUUCACGAGGCAAUUUCCCGAGGUGUCCCUCGCACAUCGCCUCGAGGAGCUGGUCCUUCGAGCCGUCCAGGCGCACGCGGAGCCGCUCCAGCCGUGA